GCUUUCGCUUUUGCAAAACAACAAGCAUUCGGACAAGAAGGCAAAAAACCCUAAUCGUCUCGGGUUUGGCGUUUCAAUUUCAAACACACUAGAAAGAGGCAAAAACAAAAAAACGGUAUCCCUUGCGACGACGAGAUACGAAACGUUGGUGAAGAGGCAAUGGGAGACGACAGGCUGGAUCUGGAGCUCUCCGAUGAGGUUCUGUCGGUGAUUCCGAUGGAUCCUUUUGAGCAGCUGGAUCUCGCGAGGAAGAUCACUUCAAUGGCGAUUGCUUCGAGGGUCUCGAAUCUGGACUCUGAGGUUGUGGAAUUGAGGCAGAAGCUUCAGGGUAAAGAAACCGUUGUCCAUGAGCUCGAGGAGAAGGCGUCUCGCCUCGAGAGAGACCGUCGCGAGGCUGAUUCGAGGUUGAAAACUGUCCUCGAGGAGAAUAUGAUCUUGACAAAGGAGAAGGAUUCACUGGCAAUGACUGUAACUAAACUCACUCGUGAUUUGGCUAAGCUGGAGACAUUCAAGCGGCAGUUAAUCAAAUCUUUGAGCGACGAGAGUGCUCCUCCUCAAACAGAGCCUGUUGAUAUAAAGGCAUGCGACCAGUCAAGUACUGGAUCGACUGGUUCAUAUACAGGCAAAGAUGAAAGGACCAGCGUACGCUCAACACACCGUUCUUACAGUGGAUCUUCCGACAUUAACAAUCCAACUGUCGAAGCUUCAAAAUAUGCCGGAAACAAAUUCUCAAUGACACCAUACAUCUCUCCACGCCUUACCCCAUCCGCAACACCAAAGAUCAUCUCCACAAGCGUGUCCCCUCGAGGCUACUCUGCAGCUGGUUCUCCCAAAAGAACAUCCGGUGCAGUUUCUCCUACAAAGACAACAAUCUGGUACCCUUCGAGUCAGCAAUCAUCAGCUGCUAAUUCUCCACCUCGCAACCGUACACUCCCAGCUCGUACACCUCGGAUGGACGGUAAGGAGUUCUUCAGACAAGCCAGGAGCCGAUUAUCCUAUGAGCAGUUCAGUGCCUUCUUAGCUAACAUCAAGGAACUCAACGCUCAGAAGCAAACCCGAGAGGAAACUUUGAUGAAAGCAGAUGAGAUAUUUGGGGAAGAGAACAAAGAUCUCUACCUGUCUUUCCAAGGUCUUCUCAACAGAAACAUGCGUUAAACUUUACGAGUCUUGAAUCUCCACCAAAUGUUAUAUCAUCAUAACCAUUGUAGUAUGUGUAGUUCUCGACCAUAUCUAGUGACAUGGAAAGUCUUUUUUCUUUUCACAACAAACAAUGAAACAUCUCGCUUUCGAAAGUGUUUAGUGUUGCUCUCCUGUGA